UGCAAACCAACCACUUGUACGCCAGCAGUGAACUGUUCGUUUCGGCGCGCCGGUGUGGCUUCUUUCCCUCCCUUCGCCCGAAGGCCCAAAAGAAAAGAAAAAAAGGCGCGCAGCGCAGCAACCGCCAACCGCGCGGCGAGGCAUCGGCAUUCGGCAAGGCGGCAAGCCAUGGAGGAGGGGCUGGUGUCGGUGGACAAGUUCGGCGGCGGUAGCCAGGCCUACUUCCUGACGCACCUCCACCAGGACCACACCCGCGGCCUCGGCGCUGCGGGCGGGUGGCGCCACGGCCCGCUCUACUGCUCCCCGACCACGGCCCGACUCCUCCCCACCCGAUUCCCCGGGAUCGACGCCUCCCUCCUCCGCCCGCUCGCCCCCGGCGCCUCCGCAUCCCUCUCCCUCUCCUCCCCAUCCUCCGACCGGCCCCUUUCCCUCCGCGUCACCGCCAUCCCCGCCCUCCACUGCCCCGGCUCGCUCAUGUACCUCUUUCGCGGGGACCUCGGUUGCAUGCUGUACACGGGGGACUUCCGCUGGGAGCUGGGCUGCGACAAGGCGCGGCGGGCGAAGCAGGCGCUCCUCGACGCGCUCGGUGGGGAUGCCGUCGACGUGCUCUAUCUGGACAACACCUACUGCCAUCCGUCGCUCAACUUCCCUCCGCGCCCCAUCGUGGCUGAGCAGAUGGUUGAUAUUAUUCAGGCACAUCCUGAUCAUGAAGUUAUUAUUGGUGUUGACACUCUUGGAAAAGAAGACCUGUUGCUUCAUAUAUCCAGAGCACUAAAAACAAAGAUUUGGGUCUGGCCCCAGCGCCUGCAGACAAUACACCUUCUAGGCAUUGAUGAAAACCACGAGCUCUUUACCACACAGACCAGUUUGACUAGGGUCCGUGCUGUUCCAAGAUACAGUUUCACCAUCGAGAGUCUUGAAGCUUUGAACACAGUGUGCCCCACUAUAGGAAUCAUGCCUUCUGGUAUUCCUUGGCUUUGGAAAAGCAGCGAAGGAAAGGCUAAGUACAGCGGUAGGUCACCAGCAAAGUCUAUCAGGUGCAAAGGGCGAGAUGAUGGCAUAGAGAUGGAUUAUGAUCCCUUAUCACCACCAAAGCUAUUUGAGAAGGAUUCUUACACUUUGCCAUACUCCGAGCACGCUUGUUUUUCAGAGUUAGAGGAUUUUAUGCAAACAGUGCGACCAUCAACGGUCAUAGGAAUCGUCUGCUCAUCGUUCUGUUAUGUAAAUCCUCGCCACCACUUCAGGCAUCUUUUUGGGGACAAUGAUGUUCAUACCGACAGGACGCCUGUAAAGAACAAGGGUGGAGAUACAAAUAACUUGACACCAAAGAGAAGGCCAAAUGGUUCAACGACUCCGAAAGAAAGGAAGUUCAGGAUCUCCAGUUCAAAUCUGUAUAGAAGCAAAGUUACAAUGAAACGGAAGGAGUGCUGCGGUGCAAGGAUUGAUGAUACUGAAGACCUUAUCGGUGUCGCCUGAGUUAUCUCCCCAAGUAAAGUAAUGUUUUCUCAUGUAAAGAUUAACAACUGGAUGGAGGAAGGCUGGGAGCGGUGGGUUCAAGCUGACCAGCUUGCUUGUCUGGAUGCUACCGCUGCCAUCUGUUCCUUGGAAGUUAGAACUCUGUUGUGCUAGCAAGAUACAUUCAGACUCGGUUGUGCUGUAGAGUAUUACUCCUUUUGUUAGCUGUCCAGUAGUUGAGUUGAUGCAAGCCUCGUCUACCUGUUACUCGUAAUACCUUAUGCUGUAUGUAUGCAUCACUGGAGGUGACUGGAACAGUGGACACCAACUUAUACACAUAACUUCGGUGGACCUUAUUAGCCUUGGUCUUGGUAUAGGCCCACAGCCUACCAGACCCUCUUUUUUUUAGAGGAACCAGACUUAAAUGAGACCUGGAA